AUGGACAUAAACAGUUCUAGCGGUGACACGAUCAGAAAAGAAUACGAACGCGGCGAAGAUUCUUAUUUGACUCCCCAACCCCCCACCCCUGACACUUACGUCACAAACACUCUCUCGUGUCCUACCCUCGACCAAGAAGUUUUAUACGGGGAUUUCGAUAUAGAAACAAAAUUCAAAUGUUUGCCGCAAUUAACUCUCGCCAUUAUCAAACCCGACGGUAUGAAAUACGUGAAAGAAAUCGAAAAGAAAAUCAAAGAUGCCGGAUUCGACGUCGUUCAAUCUAGAUUGCUUCAAUUGAGUCCGGAACAAGUGAGCGAUUUCUAUUACGAACACUACGGUCAACCCUACUUUCCCAUCCUCGUAUCGACCAUGUGCGAGGGACCCGUUCGAGUCUACGUAUUACGUAAGAAAGACGCAGUCGAAACGUGGAAAUUGAUGUGCGGUCCGACUCAGGUCGAGGAAGCUAAAAAAAUAUGGCCGGAAUCGUUGAGAGCCAUUUACGGGACUCCGGACAAAAGUUAUAAAAACGUUUGUCACGCGAGUGACAAUUGUCAAAAAGCAAAAGAAGAAAUUAAAUUUUUUUUCCCAUCACUCAUUCUCGACGUCAAUUUGGAAGAUGAAGAUGACGUCACUAAUUACAUGAACGAAUACGUAAAUCCGAUUCUUCUAGAAGGUUUGAUUCAAGUCUGUAAGAAUAAACCGUUAGAUCCGAUUAUUUGGCUCGCCACGUGGCUUCUCAUGAACAAUCCGAACAAGCCGAAAAUGAAAGAAGAAAUCGCUUUGACGUUCACUUGA